AUGUGGCUCCUUUGGCGCGGUGGGUCCGCGCUGCGGCGCGUGCCCGCGCUCGCAAGAGGCACGUCAUCUACUGCGAAGGAUGCAGUGCGCCAGAAGCCAGAGACGCCCAUGCAGCGCGCUUUGCCGAUCCUCUUCCACAUGGAAGAUCUCGCGCGGUUCCCCGAUCUGCUCAAGAAGCCGGUGGCGGUGCACGAUGUGCCCGUGUACUCUGCGCCGUCGGCGUAUGGCUCGAGUGUGGCGCUGUUCAAUGAGGAGCCGUUCUUCCCGACGCCGCCGCCGUCCGUGCUGGCUAUUAUGACGGCGGGUAGCGACCAGGGCGAGGAGGUCAACUCGGAGAGCUAUUUGAGCGCCGUGACGCCGCUGAGUCCCAAAGAGAUUCGUCAGCUGCACCGCUACAAUAUCACGAUCAAGCGCGUCGUGAACAUGACGGGCAAGGGCCGCACGCCGAGCUGGUACUCGCUCGUCGUGGCUGGCAAUGGUCGGGGCCUCGUGGGCUAUGGCGAAGGCAAAGAUACCAACAUCAGCCGCGCGAACAAAAAGGCGUUCCACGCCGCGGUGAAAAACAUGGACUUGGUAUCGGUCCACCGGUCGAAGAGUGGCGCCAACACGCUCGAGUCCCCCGUCGAGGGCCGCUGGGGCGCUACGCGUGUGGUGAUGCGCCCACGUCCUGCCGGCUUUGGCCUGCGCGUGCCGGACGUGCUGCAUCCCAUCGCCCGCGCGGCGGGCUUUACGGAUCUCGGAGCGGCGAUCUACGGCUCGUCGAAUACCAUGAAUGUCGUCAAGGCGGCUCUGCAGGUACUGUGGGGCGGCAGUGCGCCGAUCGGCAUGGGUGGUGGCAUCCGUGGCCCGAUGCGUCGUGGCGACCGCGGACAAGGCGCGCUGUCCCGUCGCGAGAUGGAGCUGAGUCGCGGUCGGCGGUUGGAGGAGCUGGAUGUAUAG